CAUUUCACCUUCUCAUAUUUUUCUCUGAAUUUUCUUGAUCCUACCGCUCUAACUCCUCUAUACCAUUCAACCCCCAAAACCCCGUAUUUUUUUUGGUGUUUUUUUUCACCAUUGAUUUUCUUUUUUGGGUAAAGAAUUAUUAAUCUUGUUACAUUUUUCUUUGAACAGAUAUUUAAAGUUAGUUAUGGGAAAAAGAAAGAGAAAAGCUGACCUCAACAAGACUCCUCCUCCUUCAGUUGCCCGCCCCCUAACUAGCGAAAGGAAAUCUAUGUUUUAGACUUCUCACUUCUCUUUAAGUUUCCUGGAGAAAUGACAAGUUGUCAUUGCAGACCUGAUGCCACCCUCGCCCAGAAUGGAUGCAUUAUCGAAACAGAAAUUCUCUCAUCAAGUCGACAACAGUGGUAUGAAGUCUUUCUUAUCCAUUGCGGAUAUCGUAGAUGGUCCUGUGAAGGUAACCCAAGGCCAACAGUCAUCUAUUGUUCACCGUCGAAAUAUUGACAUUCUAAAGUCUUUGAGGCAUCCCCGUCACUAUGGCCGCCAUUAUUCCCGACGGAGAUCUGCUACUAAUGCUGAGGCAUCAACUUCCCAUGGUGGUCAUACACCUUCUUAUGAUGAGAAGUUGUCCUUAAAAAUGGCAAGCAAAUGCUAUUCAGAUUCUGGACAUGACACAGAGAAUAGGCAAAGAGCAGUUCAUAAACCAGAAGGAGCUCCAUCCAGUUCAUUGGCAACGAGGAUAAUAUCAUCUGAUGCGGGGAAACUCUUUUGCGUAUUAUGCCAGAAGUUUCUGAAGGAGGACCCUUACAUCAUGCUUGAAAACAAUUUACCUGUAGGCGAGACUUGUGUUGUGGCUGUUUUAGCUUGUGGUCAUCUUUACCAUGCUGAUUGUUUGGAACGGAGAACAAACCGUGAAGAUAGACAGGAUCCGCCCUGUCCAAUUUGUCUCGGCUUGGUUUCUCAGGUUGAUGCUUCAGUAGAACAAGAGUAGGUCAGCUUUUGUGCCUGGAUACCGAUAAUCUUUUUGAAGAUUAGAUGUAUUUAGAGGGAAACGCGGUUGAGCGAUUAAGAAUCAUCUAGAGAGAUACAAUCUUGUAAAUGAUUUUCGAUGCUUUUUAUCUGCAAAUAUAGUAUAGGAAGGAGUUGAAAUGGUAAAUGGCAUCCUGUAUGGGGGGCUUUUCUUCUUCACAAUGUAAGACUUCAAGCUACUAGAUCAAUGCCCAUGUAUAUAUUUUUCCAGCUAUUGGGUGGU